AGCUCCCCCUCUCCCAGCGCGGCCCAGCUGGGCUCGCCGCUUGCCUCGGGCCUGGCGGGGUCACCUUCAUGGGUGGGCGGUAGCGCGGGGCCCGGCGCACGGCGGUGCCCGGGGCCUGGUGAGGUGUCGCCGGGGCAGAGCGGGGGCCGGAGGCGGCGGGGCCCGGGGCGAUGUUCGUGCAGGAGGAGAAGAUCUUCGCGGGGAAGGUGCUGAGGCUCCAUGUGUGCACCAUGGAGGGCGCCGAGUGGCUGGAGGAGGUCCCCGAGGACACCACGGUGGAGAAGCUGAAGGAGCGAUGCCUGAAGCACUGUGUACCUGGGAGCUUGGAGGAUCCAAAAACUGUGACACAUCAUAAGUUGAUACAUGCUACUUCUGAGAAGGUGCUGACAGACGCAAAAACAGUGUUGGAGGAAAACAUUCAAGAUAGAGAUGUCUUGCUUUUAGUAAAGAAGCGUGCGCCACCUCCACUCCCCAAAAUGGCAGACGUGUCAGCAGAGGAGAAGAGGAAACAAGAGCAGAAAGCUCCUGAUAAGGAUGCUAUUCUCAAAGCAACUGCAAAUCUGCCCUCUCGCAAUGCAGAUCGCACUGUGGCCCAUCACAACAUGAGGGAUUUUCCUUUCUUGCAGUUCCAGACAGAGCUCCGGAAGAUCUUAGUGUCUCUCAUAGAAGUUGCACAGAAAUUGCUAGCACUGAACCCAGAUGCAGUUGAACUAUUUAAGAAGGCAAAUGCCAUGCUGGAUGAGGAUGAGGAAGACAGAGUGGAUGAGAUAGCUCUGCGACAGCUUACAGAAAUGGGGUUUCCAGAAAGCAGAGCUGUCAAAGCCCUUCGAUUAAAUCAUAUGUCAGUGACACAGGCCAUGGAGUGGUUGAUAGAACACGCAGAUGACCCUACAGUGGAUGCUCCGCUUCCAGGUCAGGCUCCGUCAGAAGCCACAGCUGAAGCUGGUGCAUCCUCCGCUGAAGCGGCUGCGGGUCCUAGUUCAGAAGCGGGUGGGGAAGAGGCCAAGGAUGAGCUGACAGAAAUAUUCAAGAAGAUCCGGAGGAAAAGAGAGUUCCGUCCAGACCCACGAGCUGUCAUUGCCCUGAUGGAGAUGGGAUUUGAUGAAAAAGAAGUGGUAGAUGCACUCAGAGUAAACAACAACCAGCAAAAUGCAGCCUGUGAAUGGCUGCUGGGAGACAGAAAGCCUUCUCCAGAGGACUUAGAUAAGGGCAUUGACACCAACAGCCCUCUCUUCCAAGCCAUCUUAGAAAACCCAGUGGUACAGUUAGGGCUAACCAACCCUAAAACUCUACUAGCCUUCGAGGAUAUGCUUGAAAACCCCCUGAACAGCACUCAGUGGAUGAAUGAUCCAGAAACUGGGCCUGUCAUGCUACAGAUCUCUCGAAUCUUCCAGACGCUGAAUCGCACGUAGAGGGGAAUGCCAGUCCACUGUGCCACUUCCUACUGUCCCUCGCUUCACCUUCUCCUCAACGGGAGGGUGCAUGGAUUGUUUGGGGAGGGGGA